AUGGUCCGCCGGCUCAACUUGGAUGCCGACCCUUCUCGGGUCGUCUCUGUUUUCAAAGCCAUGCAGAGGCUGAAACGUAAUGGCCCUGUUCUUGAUCCUUAUGUAUAUGCUUCUUUGGUUAAAGCCUGUAACAAAUUAAUGGCUACCCGAGAAGGGAAAGCUGUACAUUGUCAUGUUGUUAGGAUUGGUUUGGAUUAUAAUGUGAAUUUGUGGAACAGUAUAAUGAAUUUGUAUUCGUGUUCCGAGAGUUUGAUUGGGUAUGCGUGUAGGGUGUUUGAUAUAAUGCCUCAGAGAACGGUUGUUACUGUUAAUGGUAUGGUAUCUGGGUUUGUGAAGAAUGAUAUGUUGGAUGAGGGGGUUGGUUUGUUCAAGAAAAUUUUGGAUUGCUCUUUUGGUUUGGAGUUGAAGCCGAAUUAUGUUACUUUGGUUGUUUUGGUUUCCGGAUGUGUGGAACUGGAUGGGUUUAUUGUGGGAAAGGUGCUUCAUUCAUACUGUUGUAAGACAGGUUUGGAUUUGGUGAAUGAGGUUUGUAAUGCAGUGAUUGAUUUGUACUCGAAGUUUGGGCAUAUAAGUGAGGCAGCAAGGAUGUUUAAUGAGAUGCCAGAGAGGGAUUUGGUUUCGUGGAAUUCGAUGAUUGCAGGGUAUGCUGGGGUUGGUGAUUGUAGAAAGGCUUUGUAUUUGUUCAGGGAAAUGAGAGCAGACAAUGUUGGAUUUGAUAGAGUGUCGUUGAUUAGUUUGAUUUCGGCUGCUGCUAAUGGGCGAGAUCUUGGUAUGGGGAAGGUGGUUCAUGGGUAUAUGACAGCUACUGGAGCAGAGAUCACUGUGGCUAUUGGGACAGCACUGAUUGAUAUGUAUUCCAAAUGUGGAUCAACCAAGUGUGCUAAAAAGGUCUUGGAUGAACUUCAAGACGAAAGCAUUGUGCUGUGGAAUUCUCUGAUUCAUGGAUAUGUCGAAUGUGGUCAUAAUCCAGAGGCAUUAGAGCUCUUCAAUCAAAUUCAAUCAAGAAAGCUAAGGCCAGAUGAAAUAACAAUGGUAGGAUUAAUCCUAGCUUGCCGCAACUCAGGGGACUUGUCUCAUGGUAUUGGCAUUCAUUCUUAUAUAGAGAAUGACAUACAUCUUCAAGGGAGUAUUGUACUGCAGAAUGCUCUUAUUGAUAUGUACGCAAAAUGCGGGAGCAUGAACCUAGCUAAAGUUGUGUUUGAUAAGAUGCCUAGCAAAGAUGUUGUCUCAUGGACUUCAAUUAUAGUGGGUCACGCCAUCAAUGGUGAAGGAAAGGAAGCGAUUUUUGCUUUCAGGAAAAUGUGUGCUGAGAAAGUUGAGCCGAACUCUGUUACCUUCAUAGGUGUUCUAUCAGCAUGUGGCCAUGCUGGCUUGGUUGAGGAAGGUCUGAACUUGUACGAUGAUAUGUGCAGAUUGUACCAAAUCAAGCCCCGGAUUGAGCACUGCGGAUGCAUCAUUGAUAUGCUUGCGCGAGCAGGAAGGCUAGAGGAGGCUCACAAGUUUGUGAAGAGUAUGCCUAUAGAACUAAAUGCAGUUGUGUGGAGGAUGUUGGUUAAUGCUUGUAGAGUUCAUGGUGAUUUUGCUAGAGGGUUGUGUUUGGUUAGUGGAUUCACAGAUCUAAACACACUGCAUGGUGCUGAAGAUCAUGUUGCUUCAUCCAAUAUUCUAGCUGAUGCAGGAAGGUGGGAUGAUGUUCUUAACGAAAGGAGCUUGAUGGCCACCAGGACAAAUACAAAAGUUGCGGGUAAAAGCUCUAUUAGAGACUUCCGAUAG